AUUGUCUAAGCAUCUUUAGGGUUUCAUUUGAGAAUAUCAUCAUGAUGAAAGUAGGAAGCAUUCUCUUAGCCGUUGGAAUUUUAUUUGCUCUCUUCAACCUCAACUACGGCUCAGAUGUGGUGCAAAAAGAUGAUUUCAAAUUUUGUCGCCAAAGUAUGACAUUGAGUGGAAAUUGUCAAAAUUCUCCUACAUGCUUUACAGUAUUCAAUGCUAAAUAUGGAGCAAGCGCCACCACUCACAAUUGUAAUUGUCAAGAUGCUGGUAAAAGCCACACUUGUUCAUGCUGUAUUAAUUGUGAUUAUACAGAUGGUAAAACUCCUUGUUAGAAUCUCAAAUAGUGCACUAUGUUAUCAACUUAGUGUGGCGAGAGGUUGAACUUAUAAUCUCAUGGAAGUUGAAUUCAAGUUGUACACUGGUCAAUAGUACCAUUAUUAUUAAUAAGAAUUUUCUUUGUCAA